AUGACGGGCAACGGCGUCGACGACGUUCGGAAGAAAGCUGGGAGUCGUUACAACAGCGCCCGACACGACGAGUCCAAGACCGUCACAGACCGUCACGUGACUGUGCCGAAGACUCCGGGCGCCCAGUUUGGUCUAUCCUUGCAUCCAACCCAUCGCGACGAGGACACCUCGAAUUCCCACACACCACCGCUUGCUAAUAUCUCCUCGGACCUCUUUAAGUUCAUUCUGCGACUAUGGCACGAAUUCGGUUUCUGGGUCUCUUGUGUGAUGCAAGCACUGGCUGGAUUCAUCCUGAGCAUCAUGGCUACGGCUCUCAGCCAACUUGAACCUACGCUGCGCGAGAGGCCACCUCCUAUGGUACCGCUGACCCCCUCUGAGCCGUCGCCACCGAUUCGCACCUCCUCCAUCACCGUACACUCAGACCCUGAACCCUACCCCUCUUUCAAUCGCUCCUGGCAUGAUCCUCACCGCUCUAUACCUCCCUCAAUGCCGACCUUACCUGAAUGCCCACGAGCCGAGCUGAUAACGACGGGGGAUCCAGUGACUUCCAGUGGGACGUUUGGUCAGGCGGCGCCCUUGGCUUCGCUUCCAGAUAUGAAAAUUUCAGGACGCAAGCUCAAGAGGAAAGCGACCGUCGCGCAGCGAGUCGAUCGAUCUCCUAGCACCGAUUCGUCGACGAACCAGCAGAGCACGCAUCGAGGAAACGGUGCCAUGCAAAAGAAGAAUUCUACUUCAGUGGCGCGCACCUACCCUUACGAAGCCCCAUACUUCUUCCCUACACCGGCUUCGCCGGAGGCCUACGGAUAUGUACACAACGUUCGAGUGAAUUCACAAUCAUACACCAAGCCUUAA